AUGGCGAACAUUCCACCAAAGCAAAUACACGCGGUUCUGCCCUCCACCGUUGACACCUAUCAAAAAUGGACUACAGCCGUGGGCGGUUUACCAGAUUUUGAGCUUUUAUCGGAUGGAAAGACCCGCCUGCUAUGGCUAGGAAGAAGAAAGGCAAAGAACGUUCUACUUUUCUUUCAUGAAGGAACAGGUGGUGGAUAUGUCAUGCCUCUCUCACCAGGUCAUCUGGAUUGGAUGGCGCACAUCAAGGGAGAGGCCUCCAAAGCGGACAUAGCCCUAGAUAUUAUCUUUGGAGGAGAUUCUGCUGGGGGUCAUAUUUCCUUAUCACUUCUCUCAUGUCUUCAUCACCCCCGCCCUCGGAACUUGAAUCCGAUAUACGAUAUUGAGAUGACAGAGCCUGUGAAAGGGUGUUUCCUGGUAUCACCUCUCACAUCAUUGAAUUUGAACACGAUGUCAUUCAGAAAACCUUACAGUGUCGAUGUCCUGGGUAAGGAAGUCGUCAGUCGCUGGGGCGAUUUACUCAUCAAGGAUUCACCAUGGCAAGAUGAAAUAUCUCGAGGAUAUGGAUGGGGAAUGGCACUAGAUGUUUCGGAGAGUUGGUGGGAAGGGCUGAACUCGGUCGAUGGGAUUCUUAUCACUACAGGUGAAGAGGAGGUGUUUAGGGACCAUAUCAUCCAGUUGAUUGAUGUUUUCAAGUGUAGAGCCAAAAGCAACGUGACAUCUUAUAUUGCGGAUAAAGAAACCCACGAUGGACCUCUGAUGGACUUUUUGGCACAGAGAGCGCCAAGCUUGACAACUCAACAUAUCACACAGUGGAUUAUUGCUCAGUUGCAUGACUAA